AUGAAAGCUAUUCAGAAGGUCGAAGCUACUAAGAACAUCAAAGACCUACGCCAACUUCGCCAGGAUUAUGGAUACCUAUUCUGCACGUCUCUGACCAUUGGUGGCCGUCUCCAAACACAAUCAAUCAUGACGGAUACAGAAAAGACCUCAGAGCAAGAACAAAAACAGUCUAUGAAGACCUCUGUCGGACUUUCUGUUGCAUCUCCCGAAGCAUCAGCAUCAAUCAGCCAUACACAAGAAUCUGGGUCUGCAAAUUCUCAGUCCCAGGCCACUUCAGACAAGUAUGAAUCGCAUGCUUUCGAAGCCAUGGGUGGUGACACUCUACUUGCUUCUAACCCACUGUCUUGGAUUCCAACAGUGGGGAACUACAAUAACUGGCGUAUCAUCAAUCGGGAUGGCCUGAUCUUGAUGUCCGACAUGAUCUCUGGACUGAGCGGUUUGGAGCAUGUAAGAUCAUGGUUCGAACAAGCUGUUCCAACUUCAAGCAAGUACAUCGAGUUCUCAGACAAACUUGUCAAGAAGAUUCGACUUAGGCUUAUGUCACCAAAUCACAAUCUGUGUCUUUCGUAUAAAAGUGGCUCAGACGAAGAAGAUUUUGCCUUUCCGCCGAAUUACUAUUUCGGCCACCGACCGAUGACAGCAGCGAUGCCAAUGGCUAUGGAGCUUGUCCAUCCUGGUGUACACUGGGGUGCCAUCGCGAUGCCGAAUGGCAAACCAGAAUUCUUGUUCAGCCCCGGAAGUUACCGUGCUCCGGCGAUCUACGGCUAUGCCGCUAACAAGGUUGGUGAUAAUUUGUAUGGCACCAAGUACGACGCCGAGUAUAAAAGCACAGUUUGGAGUAUAACAUCGCCCAAAUAA